CCACCACCGGCCUCGCUCCCCCGCGCCGCGCCCCCGUCCCCGUCCCCGCUCGCCCCACCGACUCCGGCCGGAUCCGCCGAUCCCCCCCCCCCCCCCAUAUCCCCGCCGGCAACCGAAGCACAGAUCGCUCAGGGUUGCAAGCAUGUAUAUUCGAGUCAAGCGGAACAAGACUACCUACUUCAUACAGUGUGAUCCAACAGAGACAAUUUUGAAUAUCAAACAGAAGUUGCAGUCGAUAACAGACCACCCUCCCAAUAACCAGAGGUUGAUCUUGUUGGCUACCAACAAUAUAUUGGAUGACUCCAAGACGCUGGCUGAUCAAAAGGUGGAGAAUGACGCUGUCGUUGCAUUGGCAUUGAGAAAAGAUAACGAGUUCGAGGAGGUGUCCAUCGCCGACCCAAGCGAUUUCUUGGUGUCCUCAUGAGGCCAGCCCGUCCGCCGUCCCCCCUACCCAACCCAUGCAAGGACGAACCGCCGUCAGUGGCUUCCCCGAAGCAGAUCAUGUUGCUUGCUCUCUAGCCUCUAGCCUCUAGGAUGUUGCUCGCUUAUGUCUUGUGUGUGUCCGUGCUAUUAAAGACCCUAAACAACCGUUGCGGAUGGCAUUUAGUUUGGAUUUGGACCCUCCAGCAGCCGAUACGUGUGUGAUCCCGCCACCCACCGGGGGCGUGUCCUGGUGCUCCGACCUACCCGUCUUUUGUACCGGCGCGUGGAUGAAACACGGGUGGUGGGAUGAGAUCCGUUGGUGGUGGUGACCAGUGAUCGGGAUCCCACCACCUAAUGCUCUGUGUCAUGCACGCCCCGUUGUUUUUCGCCAGUUGGUGCGCGCUAGGGACUACGAUGUCGGUCUGUUUGUGGGAAUUCCAGCUGGUUCGUGUCGAA